AUCAGCUGUGAACGCAUAAUCAGCUGAUCACCAAAACAUGACCCGAGGCUACUUGCGUGGCCACUCAAAGCUACCUGUACCUGUUUAAACCUUCUGGAUCCGUGCCAAGGCAUGAUAAGGAUGCCUUUGCAAGAGAUUGAUAAAGUUGGGGAUGAAAGUGGUGGAGGCCAUCACUCUGAGGCCUUAGUAGAUAUCCCUAGCACUGAUGCAGGUGAAAUUAUAUUGCUGCCCCUCCCUCCAACAAACAACACCAUCCCAUCAGAAAGUGAUGUCAGCAUCCCAAAUGAGAUGGAAGAUGUUGGUGAGAAGAGUACUGGUGACAUUUUAAAUGAGGUAGAUGAGGAAAAUGAAGAGCAGAAGUUAACUGGGAGCAACAAAAGAUCUGCUGGUGCUACUGAUUUCUCAAAUCAAAAUACAUCUCUGAUAGAUGAUGCAGUGCCAGAUCAGGCUGAACCAGUGACAAAUGACUUGCAGGAAGUAGUUGCUAAUCAGAAUGAAGUAAAGGAGAUGGAAUCCCAUAUUAGUAGCAAUGUCAGUCAGCAGAAUGAAGAAGAGGCAGAAGCAUUCACAACCAAAAAGCCUCUGCAGUUCAGGAAUGAUGAACUCUCCUUUGGCGAAACCGAGUCAGAGUCUAUUGUAGAUGUAAGCCUUAUUUCAGGGUCAGACAGUCUUCCAUCAUUAAAACCUCUGAAGAUCAAGAAACGAUCAAAAAAGAAGAGCACUAAGGUUGUGAGGGAUGGAAAGGAUUCUGACUCAUCUGUGUCAUCCAAGAAGAAGGGAUGUAGUCGCAAGAUACUAGUCAAGUGCAAAUUUUCUCCUGAGGGUCUCAAGUAUAUUGAAGAUUGUUUGAGAGGACACAUAUUUUCUGGCUGGGUAGAGGAACGGAAAUGGAUUGAAAAUCUAGGUAGUUAUAGAGACAUUGUAGAAGUGGAUGAGUGGGAGACAGACCUAAACAAGCAGUUAAAUAUCAUUAUAAAGAAAAUUCCAGGUGUUCAAGAAAAUACAAAGUGGAUUAACAUAACACCGCCUUCUGCUGUCCAGCCUAGCUACUGCUUGUGGGUUUUACUUGAAGAAGCACCCAUUCCUGGUCACUACUGGUUUGUCAUAACUAGUGUUGGUGUGCAGUCCCUUUUCGGUCUGAAAAUUUCACUGAGGAUUAUCAGGAACAUCCAUCCUCAAGACUAUGAGGAAGCAGAGACCCGCAGCACAAGAAGGAAGCAGUUAGCAUCAGGUGAACCAGGCAAGGAGAUGCAGGCAAUCAGCCAGCAGUUUGCUGAUUGGUGGGACCAAGCACAGCAGUUAAAUUUUGCACUGGUCUGGUCUGCCAUUGCUACAACUUUCACUCUUAGUAACAUUCGAGAUGCUAUCAGAUUCCUGAUAAUACUGAUUGUCACACUAACAGUUGGCUUGAUGACAUUCUUGAGAGAAUCGCAUCAUGUGGUGCUUAGAGUCAUCCAUGAAGCAGGACUAUUCCUCCACAAUGUGACCCCAUUCCUCCAGUCUGUGAUGUCUUUCAUGGAGAAGAUCCUGGGUGGUUUGUAUUUAUUACUAGCUAUGGUGUAUAGGGACUGGAGACGAUCAAGUGCUUCACCUCCACAGUCAUUCCAGGGUCCAAGGCAGCCACCCUUGCCCAUCAUGCCAAACAGUGCUCCUCCAUCUGCUUACCCUCCAGCUGGCCCAAGAGUGGUUAAGUAUGUAGCUCCAGAACAGUGGGUAUAUAAAAAGCAAGAUCAUGUUCAGCUACCAAAUUGAAAAAUAAUUCUAUCAGGAAUUGUUUUCUUGAUUCCAGAAUGGUGUUUGAUCAAGGUGUUCAGAUGGUAUUGAAAAAAAAGUGAUUUUAUAUUUUUUGAAAAGUUGGAAAGAUAUUUAAAUUUUUAUGUACUAGUUUUUGCUUUUUAGAUAAGAUUAUUUUCUGAUACACUGUUAUGGAUAUAUGUGUAACUAUGCUCACAAUGGAUAUAUAUUUUAUGGUACUAAUCAAGAUAUGGUGAUAGCCAUUAUUAUUAAUUUUAGCAGCUGCUAUAUUAGUUGAUAAUAAGUUAUUAUUCUAGUCUUUCAUUCCUUUUUUUCUAGUGACAUAGAACUUUAUACUACUAGUCACCUAGGCUUAUUGAAUUAGGAAACUUCAAAAUACCAAAUUUACAAGAAGAAUGUGAUAUAUUUACAUUUUUAUAACAAAUUGUAUUCUUUUAUUUUCAACAUCCCCUGCUCAUUAUGCAUAGGAAACUGUGAUAUAUAAAAGUGAAAAAGUGCCUUUUCAUAUUAGAAUUACCAUUGUGCCUGAUUAUGAAAACAGUUACUUUACUGAUGUCCUGAAAAAUAAAGGGGUGACAAAUUUUAAUGUAGAUGAUGAAACUAAGACUGAUACUAACUAUUUAGUUGCUAUAAAAAGUGGUAGUGACCUGAGCCAACCUAUAUUCAGUAUAAUAGCUGCUUAAAUGGGAUGUUAGUUGGGACUAGAUAAUUCCUAGAGAGAGUGUUUUAUAAUAGCUUAAUCCUCAGUGUAGGAUAAAGUACAUCAUUGCCUUUAGAAAUUUUGAACCAUUCAUGGAAUGACUUAUGUGAAAAGAACUAUUGGCAGAACUUCUUUAUCACAAUAUUUUCUUCUUCGUGUUCUUCCUGUUCUUCUUGUUCUUUUUCUUCUAUUUUUAUGGGUUCUCAACUGGUGGUCCAUGAUUACUGUUUUGAUGUUCACAAUAUUUGAUUAUAAACUGAAAACUGUUGCAAGUACAAUACAAAAAUAUUAUCAAAAUGAUUGAUUAACCAUUCAGUUUACUGCAUUUGCCUGUUUAAGAAAUAUAUUGGCAAUGUGAAGUUUAGGUUUUAAAAGUACUACAAGUUUCUUAAAGUAAUUUUAAUAUUCACACAGCUAUACCUGUCCUCAGGUGCAUGCAAAGGCAUCUUUCUUUCUUUCUUUUCUUGUGUUUAAUUUGUUUAGUUAGUAUUUUUUUUUUUAUUAAUUAAUUAAUUCAUUAUUAUUUUUUAUUUCAUUUUAAUCAUUACUCAAAGAGGAGAUGGUCCAUUUUUAUUAUUCUGGUAGUCUAUGGCCUUUAACAAGUUGAGAACUACUGCCACAGAUCUUGUGAUGGAAAAAAGAUAAAGUUUGUAUUUAUUUCAAGACUAAAGAACAUAGGUUUAUACAAUAAGAAAUGUUUACAUGUAUUGUGAUGAUGGUGGAGAAGGAUAUUUUGUAAAAAAUAUGUUUUUUUUUAGAAUUUUCUCCUAUCCAGAUUUUGGGAAUUAUUGUUGGCCCUUCUAGACUUUAAAUUGACUCAUUUAUAAAUUUUCAUAACAAAAAGUAGAAAUGGCUCCAAAACUUUAUGCACUGAAUCUAGCAGUACUUCAUCAUAAGAUGUGAGAGAUGUAUUGAAAGGAUGAAAGGCUGACUUUAUGCCAGUCAUGAACAGCCUAGGGAAGCUAUGUGUAUGAUAUUCCUGUUUUGUUGUCUAGCCCUUACCCCUCAAGUGGGCCUUGUGGAGUGAACCUUUUCUCUCCCCAACAUACACCAGGCUUAUCAUGAAGAUUUUAUACCCCAAUUAGGGGCAUUGAGGCUUGCCCUUUUAUCAACUACCCCAAUGAUUUUUAUCCCCCUGAAUCCCUGACCCUAGGCUCUUCUUUGACCGUGAUUCUGAACACUACUCCUCAACACCUACUAUCACCUCAGUACAGUCCAAAUCAUCAACCCAGGUUAUUACUCAACCUCCAGGAAACAUUUCUCCUCUCCCUACAUCAUCUACUACAUCUACUACCCCUCCUCCCUUAUUACUACUUUGCAGGCCUAAUCAGGCUCCAAAGUUUCCUUUUGAGGCUGCCCUGAUUGUUCCCAACUUGUCACAGUUGCAACUAAAUCCCAAACUAAAGCAUUAUCAACCCUGACUGACUUCACUGGCAGACCCAUUCCUGCCCAGCCUCAUCCCUCCCUCAAUGCUUGUACUGGAAUGGUUUCUGUCUCCCUGACAACAAGGAUUGGUCAGAUUGUAGAGAAGACUUCCUCACCAUUUCCCCUAGAGGCCUAGAUAAGUCCUCCACCAACAUUGCAAAGAUUACUUUCCAUACACAUGCUCUCUCCCUUCAUGUUUAUAUUGGUAGAGAAUCCAACCUUGUCCGACCAUAUCUGCCACUCCACAGUCUGAUGCCCUCUAUGUGCCUAACCUGGCCUUUAUGUAAGGCCAGACAGGAAGCAUGUCAACAAGGUUUUUCUCUUAAUCCCUACUCCAGAGCUGCUGUUCACUCUGGCCUGUACAUCCCUCCUAUACAUAUUUCUGCUCCAUCUAAUGUUUCCAUUUCUACCUCCUUCCUUUCCCAAUCAAAUUCUUUUGCAGUGCUAAAUCCAGAUGCCUCAAUCUCUACCAUUGCCCCAACACCUGCCCCUCUCCCUCCUCACUCUACCUGUAGCAGGCAAUCUAAACAUUCUACCCCAUCAUCUCCUACCACAUCCUCUCCUCCACCUACUUCUUGCUCUAUCCCUCUGAUGCCUAUCUCUUCUCCACUCAUAAGAAAACCUUUGUUUCUCAGACCUACCCAACCAAAUCUCCUUCGGAAAUGCUCAAAGACAUUCAAAACUAUCUAAUCAUGACCUAAAAUAUCAUGCCUACACCCCAUCCAUCUUCCAAUCUCUCUACCCAUUUUCCCUCUACACUUAAGGUAACUUCCUAUUCAUGUUACCACCCCUGCACCCCUGCCUCCCACUCCCUGGUGCUUGAAAUGAAACAUGAUUCCUUCCCUUGUAUAAAUUUUUGUUUUUA